AAACCCCAAAGAAGAAGAAGUUGUUUUCAGUGUUUGCUUUCAGUUUUCAAUCAUGACAAGUCCAUCACAAUGAUGCAGACACAUCAGCGUUUGUGGAUCAUAUUACCAUGUUUUAUUGCAUUAUUGGCCGUGACCAUUACAUGUGCUCCUGCGGCCUCGCUUUUGCUCCUGUGUCUCUGCUGUAUGGCUCUUCUAUGGAAGAUAAAGAUCAAGAAUCGCUCCAUAUCGAGUCUUUUGGCUCAGUAUGUGGCUGUGAAAGCAGUGGGCUGGCUGGGGAGUCGCCAGAGAAACAGACUAGAGUCAGACACACGGGACAUUCAUCGCGUUCAGGAGGAAACUCUGCUCCAGCGUCUGCAGAAACACCCCGACACCGUUUACGGCAAGAACUACGAGUUCAGAUCAAUUAAAGACACCGAAACAUUUCAACAGCACCAUCCAGUCACGGAUUACAAUCAUUAUGAAAAGUUUGUGGAGCGUGUGGCUAAAGGAGAGCAGAAUGUUUUAAUAUCGGAAAAGCCUCUUAUUCUGGCUAUGACGUCAGGAACGUCUGGAUCCAGCCGUAUGCUUUUGAGCACCAAAGACACCAACACAGAAUUCUUCCUACAGGGGGUGACAAUUUGUCUAGAUGCCAUGAUGCAAGCCUUUCCAGCCACUGACUGUCUCCAGAAAACCCUGAAGCUCUUUUACUCGCCCAUUUUUCGUCAGAGUGAGGCAGGUAUUCCUAUUGGCCCCAACUCCUCAACUCCUGCCUCCUCUAAACACAUGCUGCAUCUUUACACCACGCCAGCACCCGUCUAUCAGGUGCUGAAUGAGAGAGACGCCUUGUAUCUCCAUCUGCUGUUUGGGCUGAAAGACCGCAAUCUUGGCAUGCUGGAAUCCAACUUCUGCUCUACCGUCUUUUAUGCCUUCAGAGCCCUGCAGGAAUGUUGGAAAGAUCUUGUGGUGGAUGUGGAAGUGGGCAUGAUCAACUCCGGUCUGAGCCUGAAGGCUGAUGUACGCCAUGCUCUAGAGAAACUGAUGAAGCCAGAUCCGGAGAGAGCCGCUGAGCUCGCAGCCCAGUUUGAGGAAGGCUUUGAGGGGAUCGCACUCAGAAUAUGGCCCCAGUUACACCUGGUUCUGACAGUGGAUUCGGGCUCCAACCAGAUUUAUGGGGAGAUGUUACGGCGGCACUACUGUAAAGAUAUCCCAUUCUACUCCCCUUUCUACACUGCCACUGAAGGCCUGAUAGGUGUGAACCUGUGGCCUCAGCAGGAGAGCAGACAAUAUCUCCUGUGUCCUCGCUCCAUGUUCUGUGAGUUUAUACCAGAGGAGGAUCUGGAUUCAGAACGGCCCAAAACUCUCUUGAUGGAGCAGCUUCAAGAAGGACAUAACUAUGAGUUGCUGGUCACCAACGCUUCAGGAUUAUUCAGGUAUCGCAUUGGAGAUGUUGUGAAAGUAGUUGGGUUUCAUAACCAGUGUCCAAAAGUGGAGUUUCAGUAUAGGUGCGGACAGAUGUUGAGUGUGCGUGGUGAGAAAGUGUCUGAAUCACUGUUUUUGGGGGCUCUUAAGAAGGCAGUGACACAGUGGCCAGGAGCCAGACUAAUAGACUACAGCUGCGUUGAGAGUGGCAUUUUAGGCAGUGCAUCUGGAAUAGCUCAGCCGCAUUAUCUUGUGUUUGUUGAGCUAAAGGGUGUGAGGAACCUCUCAGAGGAACAAAGAUACAAGUUAGACCACUGCCUACAGGAGGACUCUGAUAUCUACCGAUCCUUCAGGAUGAAGGGCAGCAUCGGACCAAUGAGAGUUCAGCUCGUUCGUGAGGGAACUUUCCAAGAACUGAAAGAUCGCAUGAUGGCCUUCUCUAGUGCUUCGUCUAACAACUUCAAAAUGCAGCGUGUGAUACGCAACAGAGAGUUUGCAGACUUUCUACUGCAGAGGACUUUUUCAUGAGCAUUUCAAUUAGAGAUGAAUGAAGUGUCAUUUUUGGCAAUGUUAAAAUAUUUUCUGCUAUCCUAGUUUUAUAUGCUGAGAUGAUAGGUUGGUCUGCUUGAUGCUGCCAGAGAGAUGGUUCUUGAUCCUGGUCCUGGAGGACCCCAAUACUGCAAAUUUUGGAUGUUUCCCUUAUUUAGCACACAAGGUUACUGUAGAGUAUGCCGUCAACCUCAAUUUCCGUUUCCAAAAACCUUUCCAGUAACUUUCAGGCUAUGUUCGUGCUAAUAGUUUGUUCUGACCAAAUGGGACAGUCCAUCAUCAGAUUGUAAUGUAAUUGAAAGCUUGUGAAUUAGAAUCCAGUAGAAAAAUGAUUGAAUUUUAAUAAUCAUUGUUAUUAUUAUUACCUCACAAAAUCUAUUUCACCAAAUUUGACUGAUAUCCAAUAUUACCAAUGAUUGAUUUUUUCCUUUUGGACAUGACUUGAAACCACACAAGAUUGUAUCAAGUGCAUGCCCAAGUUUUUAGGGCUCAUUAGCAGUUCAAAAUUUAUGACUGACAUUGUGAAAUAUUACAUUACUUUUUUAAAUAUAUAAAUACAAAAGAUUUACUUUUAAUAGUUCAAGCUGUAUUAAAAGUCUUCUAGAGCCAUAUAACUUUGUGUGAGGAACAAACCAAAAUUGAAGUCUAUAAAUUUGACCAGUUAUUCUAGUCCAGUGCCAGUUCUUCUGGUCUCAGCCUGGGCUUGGACUCGAAUGAGCUGGUUUCAACUGCAACACAUACAAAACCUGAAUGAGGGUGGUCUUGAUAGUGACCUUCCACCUGUUUUAAACACCUUAGUCUUAUUCAAAAUCACAGCAGUAAGGGUAAGCCAAAGAAAAAAUCGGGUUCCAAAGUAAAUCCAUCUCCAAUCAAUGAUUAAACAUACUGAUUGUAAACAAACAAAUAAUGUGACAUCCUAUCAAACAAGGUAAAUUCUAAGCAGGUAAGCCAGCAUACAACUAUUAAAUAAAACAGAAAUUAAGGCACUUAAAUAGUGUACAUAGAGUAGUUCUUCAAAAUAAGGUAAACCACAGACUUGGCAAAGUCUGAUGUAAACUGGAGUCUUCUGUUGAACCCAAGAUAUGCCAGAGUUUUCCGAUGAGUAAAGACCUCCUUGUUGAGGCUGUUGGCAAUCAGCUGUGUUUUGGUGGACCGCAUGGGGAACAGCUCAACCUACGUGCUGAAAUAAUUCACAAUGACAAGAAGGUAUUGAUUCAACCUUGGUUUUUUUUGGGAACGGGUCCAUAAGGUCAGUACCCAACAUAUGGCCAGGCUCCACCACCAACAUAGAUUGUAAAUAUUAUUGGAGAUCCAUGGCUUGUAUUUCUGACAGAUUUGGCACAACUUACAGUAUUUCCAAACAUAAUUAUGUAUCUUUGACCAAUCUACAACAUUCAUCAGCUUAAGGUUUUUAAUGGAUGCAUUUGGCAUUUCUACCUUUCUGAUUUCCUCCCAGCUGAUGGGAACUAUUAUCACCUUGUGCCUGGUAUAUGGCAUUCUGAGCUUGGGCUUCUAUACAUAUUCUACAUUAGAGUGAGGAACAACAUUGGAUUGCCCUUUGCUUUACUAUGGAGUCACAGAGAAGGAUAGCCCAUCUCAUCAGAUGGGUUGUUGGACUGGGGUACUGAUCCAGGUACUGCCGUCACUUCUCUACUGGCCAAACUACAGCAAGACAUUCCUUUUUGGGGUAUGAUGUUUCAGUUCUUUGAAGUAAUGGGGGAGCAUAAGCAAUCGUGUUCUCGUUUGUCUGACAUUUGUGUUAACACAAAUGGAUUUUACUUGCAUCCAUUUGAACUUUCAAGAGUUUACUUAAGUCUGGUGGAAUGAGACCUUUAAUUUCUCAAAAACAUGCUGCCAUUCCUCUCUCCUUCCCCCAAACAAAUAUCCUUCUUCUUGAGAGCAUUUAAUAGAAUGGCCCAUUCCCGAAAAAAGAGACAUGAAUCAGUGAUACCAUCCUGAUUGACCAAGCAACGAUUGAACAUCUUAUAGUGGGCAGCAAGCAGAGAACAUCGCAACCUUUUCACAGAAUGUCGUGGAAAAGUCUUGCUACCAGUGUGAGUGUUUUUUUUGUGGACAACAUAAAACAUGCAUAAUGACCUGAUCACAGGAACUGCUUUGUGAACAGACACAAAAGGGACAUCUUAGCAUAUUUACACAAUCUAUUCAAAGAUCUGUAAAGGCUUAAUGAGUGCUGUUUUUGACAAUAUAUAUACAAUCUUACCUAUAGGUAGUGGGGUAUACAUGAAUGUAUGAGUGAACGUUUAACGUUUCAGAAUAAUGUUUGGAUUCUAUGCAUUCAGCACAAUGCAUCUGGAAGGUGUAAAAAGUCAAUAAUACAUGGUUAAAACAUUAAAGACACUGUUCAAACUGAA